AUGGCGACAACGACUGGCCGAGAAACGCGCUCUGCGCACAAACGCACUGGUGACAGAGACACCAACACAGAGAAGCCCAAGAUUGAGGGCAAGACAGACCAUACCCGAUGGCGUCUCAAAGACGACGAUAGUCGACACACCUGGCACUAUCUGACCGAGGAUAGUGAGCUGGAGAAAUGGCCACAGAGCAAUGCAGAAAAGUACUAUCUGGGCUUGCCGUUGGGUUUCCCCGAUUACCCCAAAGCGACGAGUGCCAUCGAGGCAGCGAAUAACGGACUCAACUUCUUCGAGAAGCUCCAGUUGCCGUCGGGCCACUGGGGCUGCGAGUAUGGCGGCCCCAUGUUUCUACUGCCCUGUGUGGUCUGCGCUUGGUAUGCCACCAAGACACCCAUCCCAGAAGCAUAUGCCAUCGAGAUCAAGAAUUACCUUGCCGCGCGAGCGCACCCCGACGACGGAGGAUGGGGCCUGCAUAUCGAAGGCGAGAGCACCGUCUUUGGCACCAGUCUCAACUAUACCGUCCUACGCCUUGUCGGCGUUGACCCCGAGGAUCCAAUCAUGGUCAAGGCGCGAGGCACACUACACAAGCUCGGCGGUGCUCUCUAUGCCCCUCACUGGGCCAAGUUUUGGUUUGCCACGCUUGGCGUCAUGAGCUGGGACACUGUCAACCCCAUCCCGCCCGAGAUCUGGCUCCUGCCAGAUUGGGUCCCAAUUGCUCCUUGGCGCUGGUGGAUUCACAUUCGCCAAGUUUUCCUGCCCAUGGGAUACAUUUACUCGAAGAAAUGGAGCUGCCCCGAGGAUGACAUUAUCCGUGGGUUGAGAGACGAGCUCUUUGUCGAUGCGCACGCGGAGAUCAGUUGGGCCAGCCACCGCAACAGCAUUGCGCCGCAGGACAACUAUCACCCCAAAUCUUGGCUGCUCAACAGCGUCAACUGGGUUAUUGUGAAUAUAUACAAUCCCUACCUUCGACCCAACUUCAUCAAAAACAAAGCAGAAGCGUGGGUCAGCCAGCUUCUGGAUAUGGAGGACCACAACACAGACUACGCAGAUCUCGCGCCCGUUAAUGCGCCCUUAAACACGGUUGUGUGUUACAUCCGAGAUGGCCCCGAGUCAUUCUCAUUCAAACGACACAUCGAACGACUGGAAGAGUUUCUGUGGGUUAAGGACGAAGGCAUGCUUGCCAACGGCACCAACGGCGUGCAGUGCUGGGACACGUCGUUCUCCAUCCAGGCCGUGGUCGAGUCUGGUCUGCAUACGGAUGAGCGCUGGCGACCUAUGCUACUCAAGGCGCUCCACUACCUCGACCGGCAGCAGAUCCGCGACGACUGUGUCGACCAGGAAAUGUGCUACCGGCAGCCGCGCAAGGGCGGGUGGCCGUUCAGCAACCGCGACCAGGGCUACGGCGUCAGCGACUGCAUCGCCGAAGCGCUCAAGGCCAUCAUCCUGCUCCAAGAAACUGAGGGCUACCCGGCCGUGCUCGAAGACCAGCGCCUCUUUGACGCCGUGGAUACGCUUCUGCUGUACCAGAACAGCAACGGUGCCUGUUCGUCGUACGAGGCGCGCCGCGGCGGCGAGUACAUGGAGCUGCUCAACGGCGCCGAGGUAUUCGGCAGAAUCAUGAUCGAGUACGACUACCCCGAGUGCACGACGGCGUGCGUCACCGCGCUCUCACUUUUCCACAAGCAUAGGCCCGACUACCGCGGCGCCGAGAUUACCACCUUUAUCCGGCGCGCCACCAAUUGGAUCCGCACCAAUCAGCGCCCCGAUGGCAGCUGGUACGGCAGCUGGGCCAUCUGCUUCACGUACGCGACCAUGUUUGCACUUGAGAGCAUGGCGCACGUCGGCGAAACGUACGCCAACAGCUACGUUUCCAGAAAGGGCUGCGAGUUUUUGCUGUCCAAGCAGCGUGCCGACGGUGGCUGGUCCGAGAGCUACAAGGCCUGCGAGACCAUGACGUACGUUGAGCAUCCGACGGGCUCGCUGGUGGUGCAGACAGCCUGGGCCCUCAUCGGUCUCAUGGAGGCCGAAUACCCGAACGUCGAGCCGCUCAAGAAGGGCAUCAAGCUCAUCAUGGACCGCCAGCAAGCCAACGGCGAGUGGCUGCAAGAGGCCAUCGAGGGCGUGUUCAACAAGUCGUGCAUGAUCUCGUACCCGAAUUACAAGUUUACCUUUACCAUCAAGGCUCUCGGGAUGUUUGCCAAGAGAUAUCCCAACGAGAAAUUUUAG